AUGACAGGCGCGCUCGUGGCAGAAAAGCAGAUGCUACCCUGGAUUCUUUGUUUGGUUUUGAUCACAGUAGCUGGAGAAGAGGCUCCCUGCCCAGAAGGAGGUGGGAUCCACCAGUCCAGCAUGCGGUGCUACUGGAUGUCUGAGGCGACGUCUUCGUGGUCUGAGGCUCAGCGUUCAUGCAGAGAGACUCCAGGAGGUGAUCUGGCAUCUGCUGACAGUCCCGAGCUGCAGACGUUCAUCCACUCCUCCUUUCCUGUGAAAACCACUGUGUGGGUCUGGCUGAAGGGACUCAGGGGAGAAGGGUCGGAGCAGGCUGGGGUUGUGGAGCCGGUGAGUCCUGCACGGUGGGCUGGAGGCAGUGAGGGGGGGUGCACUCAGAUGGCCUUUGGUGCACUGGGACAGUGGAGAAGAGCUCAGUGUGCCGAGCGAUACCUCUACCUCUGUGAAAAAGGUCUAACUGAGGCUUUACCACCUAUGGACAGUUACCUGACGGGAUUGGUUCACAUGAGCGGCAUCUACACACAAACCCAGAUACAACCUCUUCUCAGCAUCCCAGACAUUGGACAACACACGGUGGAGAUGCAGCUGUUCCCAGGCUUGUGGUUCAAUCAUGCAGGUCAGUUGGUAAAACUUCAGCUGGUGGUUCAGCCAAACCCCCUGUCCUCACUGGCCCGUGUUCAAAUCCUCCGACCCUACUGCGACCCCAACCACCACCUGGUACCUCCAGGUUGCAGCUCUCUCCUUAAUCCGUUUAGCUGCUGCUCACCAGUCCCACUGUGUAACACUACAGGGGGCUGCACUGUGGGUCAGUACUGGUGCCACCUGCUGGAGGCCUGCGUGCCCAACACCAGUCCCUGCAGCCCCUACGAUUCAGCAGCAAGCGGCCGUGGAUUUGCUUUACCUCCAAGAUACCCUCCAAUACCACCUUUCUACCACCUGGUGGCAGACCUGUCCCUGAGAAUAAACCCCACCUCUGAACUACAAACUAUGAGCGUGCUUCUUCCAGAUCCAGCCAUUAUGGUGUACCCUGAUGAUAUAAUAGCAAUACAACACACUCGGGACUCUGGAACCUUCCUACAUUGCCGCAGCAGGGAAGCCUCUCGAAACUCCUCCUGGCGCCAGAGUUACCUGUCCCUCAGAGGGGCUGAAUGGGGUGGUUGGUGGCAGGGAGGCCUGACUUCACUGUCCCAAGGAGGCCAGUGGGUGGACGGGGUGGUGUGUGAUCUGAGCAUACUGUACAUAGACACCUUCCACAGAGGUACUGAGCUCGACGGUAUCAUUGGUUCCACCCACACAGAGACAAUCACACCUCCUGAUGUCAGUCCCUUAACUACAGCUCCUCCUCCACAUCCGAGAUCUAGGUUUAGGCUUGAUGUUAUCCACCCCUUGCCGGACCAAAAGAACCAAAUUCAUGUCCAAAUCAACACCCCGACACUCAUUGUAGUAAAGGUCCUGGCCCCACAGAGAGCAAGGAGCUCAUGGUCAGCCCCAGUGCUCCAAACUGGGGUCCCCUUGCUCUCAUCGUGUCCUGAAGAGGUGGCUCCGUCUCCGCCUGGCUGUGAGAGACAGUCCCCUGAUGAAUGGUUCUCCUCCGUGACUUUCGUACUUCCCUCAGUGGGGGUUCAGGUGUUGAAUAUCAGUGUGGUGGAUGAGGUUGGUGCUCAGCGUGAGCAUAGUGUGAGUGUAAAGGUCUGUGGCCACGAGGCAGUGACAGGGCUCCGUGUUGAGCCUCACGGACGUCUUAGGAUGCUAACAGACACAUCACAGUCGUUUACAGCCAAAGUGGCGAGUGGGUCCUCAGUCAAAUUCACAUGGGUUAUUGACAACUUGGUGCAGUUUGCCUUUGAAGGGGAAUCUUACAGUGUAGCGUUCAAGAGACCUGCUGAGUAUAAUCUCAAGGUUACAGCAUCGAACCCUGUGAGCUACCAGAGCCUGGAGAUCAUCUUGGUUGCUGAUGAACCGACUCCCCUGGCUGAGCCAGAGUUCCUGUUUAUCAGGGAGGUCGUGGCUGUGAAUGCGACCUCCCUCUACACCCUCAGGGUCAAAGUGGACAUCUCCCUGCCAGUCACCUUCAGGUGGGAUUUUGGAGACGGCAGAGGAAAGGUGAGCCACACCCAGGCUGCUCCAUAUCAGACCAUGGAUGGGCUUAUUGAGAGUGGAGAGAAGCAAAUGUUUGUCCAGGACUCGGUGAACUAUACAUAUUCUUAUCCAGGUGACUUAACACUUCAUGUCCAAGUCUCCAAUCAAUUCGAUGAUAUUGGCGCAUCAAUGAAGAUUAUCGUCCGCCCUGAGUUAGGUCACGUCCACAUUUCCUCUUCGCCUGCAGUGCCCACUGUCAAUCACACACUUCUUCUGGAAGCAGCCGCAGAGCCCUCCACCUUUGGGGUCUUCUAUAAAUGGGACUUUGGCGAUGGCACUAAAGAUGUCCAAGGCAUCCACCAUAAAGUGCGUCACACUUUUGGAUCUGCCGGACUUUUUAACGUCACAGUGUGUGCCAACAACACUUUGGCUGCCCUGACCACUCGGCUCCUCUUGGAAGUUAUGGAGGAGAUUUCUGGAUUAACCAUUAGUUACAGUGAACCUAGUGAAGUAAACUCUGCCACAGAUUUCAGAGCUAAAGUCGCCACUGGUACGAGUCUCAUCUGGGAUUUUGACUUCGGUGAUGGGUCCCUACAGGGCAACCUUACAGAUGGUUCCAUCUCACACAUCUAUAAGUCUCCAGGGGAUUAUUCAGUGGUUGUAACCGUCUCUAAUUCUGUCAGCAAAGUUCAGCAGUCCAUCAGGGUCGAGGUCUAUAGUCUGUCUGUUAGUGGAGUUCUCCCUAUAGAAUGUAUCAUAAAUGGAACAGACGCUCAGCUCACUGCUCUGGUCACUGGGAAAAUAGCCUUUCUGAUUUUCCAUUGGCAAUUCGGCGAUGGAUCCCCUGUGACUGUAGUGACAGGUCAGUCCAAAGCCAUGCAUUCAUUCCCAAGGCCCGGCAUUUUUCAUGUUAGCCUGAGAGUGUUUAGUUUGGUUUCAUCUGUAUCAUUUAAUACAAGUGUUUGUGUUGAGGCACCAAUCACCAACUUGACAGUGAAGUCAUCACAGGAUGUUGUAGCAGUAGGAGAAGAGGUGUGCUUCAGGGUGUUAGUUUCCCCCAAUCAGGUGACAGGUCACCAAUUCAAGUGGUCUAGCAACUCCUCUAUACCCAUUGCCAAGAUGGACAACUCUCAGAAGUGUUUUGUCUUUAAAGAUGAAGGCGUAGAAGAGGUGUCAGUAAUGGCAAGUAAUAACGUCAGUAGACAAACAGCCAAAGUUAGCAUCACCAUUCAGAAACCUGUGAGUAAACUUUCUGUGGGACAUGAUAGUCAAACUGAUGUACUGUCAGUCAAUUCAUUAGUGUCUUUUUGGGUUGCUGAUUGCAGUGGAAGCAAUGUGUCAGUGCUAUGGGACUAUGGAGAUGGUUCUCUGAUGGAGCCGAACCGCAACGUGUCACAUGUCUUUACCUCGACAGGCCAGUUCACAGUAACUGCCACAGCGUCUAACCUGGUGAGCAGAGAGUCUGCAUCCAUCAAAGUGAAUGUUUUACUCCCUGUUGCAGACCUAUCACUUCACAGCAACCAGCCCUAUGCUGUAGUAGGAGAGGACACUCUGAUCAUUGCAGUUGGUAGUGCAAUCAGUAGCCCCAGUUACUACUGGUCUGUUGAUGGUUUAACUUCAACCAAACAGGGGACCGAUCAAUUUAGAUUUGCUUUCCCCAAACCAGGAGUGUAUCAAGUGAGGGUUGUAGCCCAGAACUUGGUGAGCAGAAGGGAGGCAGCUAUUAUCAUGGAGGUCUUUGAAAGAAUAGAGGGUCUUCACAUUGAAUGUCCCAGUCUGACCAAUAUGAAAUAUGCACCUACGCAAGAGGAAGUGCUAUUUAUCGCUUCAGUCACCAAAGGCUCCAAUGUCACAUAUCACUGGCGUGCUGCACAGAGUGGAAUAAAACAAGAAAUCACUGGUGAUGGCAGACUUUUCCAUCUGUUGGCUGAAACGCGUGGUGGGUUAUCAGUUCAUGUAAGAGCCUCGAACACGUUGGGUGAGGCCACAACCGCUGUUUCUCUAAUAGCAGUAGAGCGUGUGACAAGUGCACAUAUUACAACUCAUUCCAACAUUGUGGCAUUAGGGGAAUUAGUUAAUAUAUCUGUGUCUGUUGUUACCGGGUCAGACCUAGAGUACCUUUGGUAUACGAACUUUGAUCCAUCACCCCUACGGACACGUGAACCCUUUCUCCUCCACAAUUGUACAAGUUUGGGUGAUUGUCUUGUCACGGUGGUUGUUCAGAAUGCACUCAGCCAAUGUAAUGAUACCAAACAGCUCAUAGUCCAGGAGGAUGUCCGAGAGGUGGACUUUGAAAUUGAAGGAAAGACACGUCCAUUUAAUAUCAAUGCAGGUGCUGCUGUUUCCCUACGUGGGCUUGUUCAUAAGGGGAGUGACCUGAACUGGGACUGGGAAGUUAGACGUUCUAAAACCAACUUUUUUAAUGCUACUAAUCAAACCUUCAUCUACACUUUUACACAUCCCGAUAUAUACCAGGUGUCUUUGAAUGUCUCCAAUGGGAUAAAUUGGCAGAUGGUUUCAACCAGGAUCACUGUCCAGGACGGAAUCAAAGAUCUGCUGUUGAAUAUAAGCAAAUCUUCCGUUUGCAGUGAAGAAGAAGUUACUUUUACUACGACAAUUUCCAAAGGAAGCAAUGUGAGCUUUUUUAUAACCCUUAAAAACAAAGACAAGAUUCACAGCCAGGCCAUUCUCGAAGGGCAACACUUCUCACUAAGCCUUCUAGCUGGGAGAUAUCUUGUGACAGUGGAAGCUUGGAACCUGGUCAGUAGCACAGAGGUGUCUUCCAGCAUUCUGGUCACUGAGCGCAUUCAAGGUUUGCGACUUAACAGUAGUUCUGCUGCACUCGAAGCUCUGAAGGGAAUCCAUUUCAAGGCAGAGGUGCAAAGUGGGUUUCCUGUUAAUUACACCUGGAUGUUUCACUUGGUGGGGUCGAAGCCUACAUGGCUGAUUGGCCAAGAGGUAAUCUUUACUCCACCAGAGAGCGGUUCACUGUCUGUCAGUUUGGUAGCCAACAAUGGUGUAUGCUCCCAGAUGCUAAAUGAGACUGCUUCGGUGGAGUGGCCGGUUAAGGAGAUAAAGCUUGUUUGUCUUUCAGAGAGACAAUUUGUGGGACACGCUGUCAUGUUUUCCGCGACAGUGAGUGGAGGGAGCAACGUCAGAUUCCUCUGGGACUUUGGAGAUUCCACUAAAGCUUUGGUGACAGACCUGAGAACAGUCAAUCAUACUUAUUCUAUUGCUGGAAAAUACAGUGUUGUGGUCAAAGUUGUCAACAGUGUUAGUCACAUGUCCACACAGCUUCACAUGGAGGUGGAGGAGCUCCAGUGUUCCAGCCCUCAAGCUUCUCUAGUCCAGAGCCAAUCUACUAUCUACAGAUCUAGACCAGGUUUCUUUGAAGCCAGCGUGGACAUUAACUGCUCUGCUUACAAGACCAUGUACCAAUGGGAGAUAUACAGAGGGUCCAAUGUUACCACUUUACCUGGGUACAAAGUCUUUCUUCGAAGUCAAGUAGAUGCAGCUUCUCCUUUGCUGUUACUCCCGAAGCACACUCUUGAUGUGGGACAGUAUUGCCUUGUGUUCACCGUUACGCUCCAGGAAACUCCUGUAUAUGUCCAACGGACCGCUAUCAUCACAGUGGUCCAUUCCCCGCUGGUAGCUGUCAUUAUGGGAGGCUCGCACAAACUGUGGCCAAGCCUCAGUGACCUCACCCUGGACGGAUCUGAAUCUUAUGACCCUGAUACGGAGCCGGGAGUGGAGGACACGCUAGAAUAUCACUGGACCAUCAUGAGAGCGAACUCUACAAAGCCUCAUUUUGUGAAAACGCCCCUUGAGAGAAACAGCAGUAGAGUGACUUUAUUCACCGAUCAGCUGCACCCAGGCACAGUCUACAUAUUUACACUCACUGUACACAAAGCAGGAAGAGAGCCGGCAUCCGUCAACCAGACUGUAACUGUGUGUGAAGCCCCUGUGCUUUGUGUGACUGUGGAAUGUGUGUCCUGUUCUGGCCACUCCUCCUCUCAACACAUCAGUUACAACACUGCCAUCAUCCUUGCUGGACGAUGCGAACAAUGUGAUGACCAGACUCAGUACAAAUGGAGCGCUGAAGUCCAGACUGGCAUGACACUUGACCUUGAUAAAGUCGCUCCCUCCACAGGGACACAUUCUCCUAACUUGGUGGUGCGUUCAGGCGUCCUCCAGCCAGGACUGAGUUACACCUUCACUCUCAAUGUCUCUCAGCCUAGUGGAGGCCAGUGGGGCAGCGCCAGUCAGACUAUACAACCUAACAAUCCUCCACACGGAGGCCUCUGUGAUCUGAGUCCACAGUCUGGCAUACGUCUGCUGGAGACUGUGGUCACCUACAACUGCUCAGGCUGGCGAGAUGAUGACAGUGAGGCCACUCAGUUGAUCUACACCUUCCAGGUUGCCCCAUGUCAGCCCAUCAGCACAGAGUGCCCCACACUCACUCUGUACAGGGGAACUCGCCCCACAUUUGGCAGCCUGGUUCCAAUUGGACGUUCAGGGCAAGAACAAGAACUGUCACUCAUCACAGUCACUGUAUUGGUGGAGGACCAUCUCGGCUCAAACGUCAUGGCUCUGAACAGGACACUGACCACUCAAAACUCAGCAAUGGAUGAAAUCACCAGUGAGUGGCUCAGAAACAAGAGCCGGACGGAGCUGUGGGCUCUGGUCCAACAAGGCAACCCUCAGGAGCUCAUUCCUUACUCCAUUGCCCUCAGCAGCCAGCUCAAUCAGAUGAAGUCUGAACGGACCACCCAGGAGCUCAUGGACAGGAGGGAGAUCCGGGUAAAUGUGUCUCAAGCCCUGGCCUCUCUCCCCGUGUCCUCUAUUCCGGAUGUUGAUCAGAUCAGCUCAGCGUUGGCCCAGGCAACCGUCGUCCCUGACGAGUUGGUAUGUGAAGGCUGCCAGGAGAAAGUUCUGGAAGCUGUGGGGAGGAUGAUCCUUGUGAUGGAGGAACAGAUGAGUCCUGGUGUUUUAUCAGCUCUUGAAACAGGAAGAAACAUCCUUCAUGUCUUAGGUAGCACCUUGGCUGCAGUGUCUGAAUCAGCCAGUGCCUCCAGUUCUCAACCAGUCUACUCGAGCUCUCUGCAGUCAGCCUCCACUCUCGCCCUGUCAGCCCUGGCCCACGCAGGAGCCCUCAUGCGCACUCUGAUGCGUUCACGUGUUCCCGGCGAGGAUCCUCUUCUGCUCUCCACCCCUUACAUCAAUACAGUUGGUUUUCAAGGAGACCCCACGGACCUCCUUUGUACUCACCAGACAAACAAGUCCAACCAACACCAGGUCGUCUCCUCUCGGUCGUCAUCGUCUGAUGGGUCAAAGAUAUGUCCGUUUCAUAUCCCCAGGUCCCUCACUGCUCACCUGAGGAGUCAGAGGUCAGAGGUGGUGCAGGUGCUGUUUGGUACGGACGGAGCGCUGGAGUCCAACCCUCUGCUGAGUGCUGCUGACCCUCCGAUUUCCACCUCUCUGGUUGCCAUGGAGCUCACCACUCCUCAGGGUCAGCCCAUACCCAUCAGGGAUCUGGCUCCUGAACAAGCCAUACAGGUCACCCUGCCCCACAAGAACCCUGUGGGACAGGGAGACAAGGGGGCAGAUGGGAGAGCAGGUGAAAACAGGAAUGAGACAUGUCUCACUGUAACACUUCCCACUGAAGGACAGCUGAACUUCACAGUAAAAGCUGUGGACGGACUGGAUGAACAUGCAGGUUUAUACAUCUCCUUCAACUUCAGUCUGCUUCCAGGAUCUACUUCUGUGAGCUCGGGACAUGUCAAGAUAGAAGUGAGCUCCACGGUGCCAGGGACUAAUGCAUCUCUGGGAUCCCUUGAGAAAGAGUGGGCUCUCACUCUCUCUGCUCCGACCAGCUCCUCAGAGGAAACCAUCUUUCUGUCUCCACUGUUACACGGGACAGACGAGCCUCUCUCCGUCAACCUGACCUCAUCUGUGCCCGAGGGGGGGCCGGUCCACGUGUCAGUGUGUGUGUUCAGCUCCCUGUGCCAGUACUACAGCGUGGAGGAGAGGCGAUGGAGCAGUGAGGGUCUCCAGCCACUGGAGGGCAGCACACUCCAGGCAGCUCACUGUCGCACCCAGCAUCUCACCAUAUUUGGGGCCAGUUUGUUUGUCCAUCCUGGGGCCGUUGUUCUGCUGCCACCGUCAGGUGGUCCUGUUCGUAACUCAGUUGUGGGGAUUGUGUGUGCCGUCCUGGUUCUGACUCACCUGCUAGUGGGCCUCAUCGCCCAUAAACUUGACCACUUGGACAGCUUAAGACUGAGCCAGGUCCCUCUUUGUGGCCGUCCGGGACUCUACCACUACAGAGUUCUGGUCAAAACCGGCUGGAGGCGUGGAGCAGGCACCACAGCACAUGUUGGCAUCAGUCUGUACGGUGUGAACAAGAGCGGCUCUCGCCAUCUGCAGAGGGAUGGAGCUUUUCAACGCGGAAGCCUGGACCAGUUUCACCUGGAGACAGACGACAACCUGGGAGAGGUUUGGAAAAUUCGCAUAUGGCACGACAACACAGGUCUGGAGCCCUCCUGGUAUGUUCAGCAUGUGGUGGUGUGGGACCCUCAGACAGACCACAUGUUCUUCUUCCUGCUGGAGGACUGGCUCUCUGUGGAGAAUCAGAAGAAUGACACUGUGCAGAAGGAAGUUCUGGCCUCAUGUCCAGAGGAGCUCAGUGGGUUUCGACGGGUCCUCACCUCCCAGCUGAUGUUCGGGGUGAAAGAGCGCCACCUGUGGCUGUCACUGUGGGACCGUCCUGCUCACAGCCGUUUCACCAGGGGUCAAAGGGUUACCUGCGGCGCCCUCAUGCUGCACCUCUACUUGGCACUGGGGGCUCUGUGGUUUGGGGCUGUGGGCUCCAAGGGGAUCAGUGGACCAGUGUCAGCCCAGCUGCUGGUGAACAUGGAGACGGUUGCCAUGGGGAUGACUGUUGCAGCACUGGUGUUUCCUUUUCAGUGUUUCCUCUGUUUCCUGUUUAGGAAAGCUCACAGUCAGGUAACUGUGGACAUGUCAGUCCCUCCUUCUCCCAUUUGUCACUCUGUGGAAAUGGACGUUUACUUCGGCCAAUCAAAGCUCUCCAGCUCGUCACUCUUGUCUCUGCCAGACUCCUCCAGCCUGACCCAAGGAAGUCCUUCAUCGUUACUGGAGAGCAAGGUGUUAGACUCCAGUAUCCUGGACUUCUGGGCGGCCUCUGGCUUGGCGCCCCAGACAGACAGAGAUGUGGUGGCAUGGCCGUCCUGUGACAGCCUCCUCAAUCUCCCGGUAGACCUAUGCCCCACUAAGAUGACCCCAGCCCACGAACUCUGCACGUCUUCACCCACUCUGGGCCCCACGCGCCAAUUGAGGAGGAAAAAGGCCCUGAUGCAGCUGUGCCUGGCCUCACCCUCCUCCGCAGACACACCAAUCACUCUUGUCCCUUCAUAUCCCCUUUCAAAAGAACCUUCAGAUUCGUAUCCCUCCCCAACUGCAGCAGACCAGGAGUUGCUCACCAUGAACGCAAACCCAGUCCAAACUCACAACCACAAUCUGACACAAUUUCUAACUCUGUCCGAGGAGGAUCUGCUGAUGUCUAUAGCAGCAGCAGCAGCCGAGGACAGAAGACACAAAACCAACAGCAACUCAGACAGCGGCCGGGAUUCACCCAGAACCACAUCCUCAUUUACAGCCACACAGAGCACCUCCUGCAGCAGCUGGUCGGAUCAGAGUGAUGAUAAGUACCUGUGUGGUGCAGAGAUCCUCAUGCCGGACUCCCAGUCGUCCUCCCAGUAUGAGGCAGGGCUCUACAAGUGUCCCUCUGUGCUGUCUGCUGACUCAGUGGCCAGCACCUUCCUGCCGAGCCCUUCUCCUGACUCCACUCGCUCCUCCUCCACCACACGCAUAGGUGUCUCUCGAGGUCAGCCCCUCUGGCUGCUCCCCCCCUGGACACUGCGUGUGAUUUACCCCCUGGUGGCUGCUCUGCUGGGAGCCUGCCUGGCUGUGGUCGGACUCUACGGCACAUUCUUCUCCAGAAAUGUAGUUCUCAUGUGGCUGACAUCGGCCUUCUCUGCUUUCCUCACCUCUGCUCUGCUGCUGGAGCCUCUCAAGGUGUGUCUGCAGGCACUGAUCUACACCGUGCUGUGGAGGCCUGUGGAUCCAGAGGUGGAGGACCAUCUGGCCCAGGAGACCACUGUGGUGAGGGCUUUUGGAGAGCAUAGUGCAAAGGUGCGACCACCAUGUGGCUACGGGCUACUGCAGGCUAAAGAUGAGGCGCGCAAAGUCCGAGCUCUGAGAUCGCUCAUGAGGCAUUGUGUGUGUCAGCUGUUGUUUCUAUUGCUGAUGCUGAUGGUGAACUACCAGGACAGUGUAGAAGAGAGGCAGGGCAGGCUGCUGCAAUCUGCUCUCAGGGGCCAUCUUCGCACAGCACCUCUGGGAGCCCCGAACCUCACUUCACUCAGAGACUGGUCAGAUGCAGAGCGGUGGAUAAAUCACACCUUGGUGCCACAGCUGCACCAAAACCCGUCACUGGUUCUUAUGGGGCUGCCACAGCUGCAGUACAAAGGCACGCUCGGCCACGCGGCAGACGUCCUCCUGGGAAACAGCAGUGAGAGGACGCGUCAGCUCCUUGCUGACCUGCACAUGAAGGACUGGGGCAAGAAGAUGUUUGAAACUCUUUCUAUUGAUUUCACACUCUACAACAGAGACUCUGGUUUGUUUGUGUGUGUUUCCAUUCAACUCCAAUGGGCUCACACACAAGGAGUCACUUCCUUCCUCUCCAUUCAUCCACUCCUCAUCCCUUCGCCCUCCUCUGGAUUGGACUUCCGGGUUGCACUCACGGUUCUCCUUCUCAUCUCGGCUCUCCUCAUCUUGUUGUCGGAGCUGUGGUCCAUGGUCACUGAGCAUGCUCAGUAUCUGCACCACUGCAGACACUGGUUCCAGCUAUUCCUGGCCUUGUUGUCAUUGGCGACGGCUAUCCUGCAGUUCUGCUUCCUGUCUCGAGCCUCUUCAUGUCUUUCCGAGCUUCAGAACCGACCGGACAACUUCAUCAACUUCCACAGAGCCGCCCUUCUGGCACAGAGGUCGUCUCAGUGUGCGGCCGUUCUGCUCACUCUGCUUGUUCUAAAGCUGCUGGGAACCUUGAGGUUUGUGCGGAGGUGGCUGGUGAUAGGCCGAGUGCUGCAGAGAGCCUGGGGGGAGCUGUGGGCUGUGACUGUCCUACUGCUGCUGCUGCUCAUGCUCUGCACUCAUCUCGGAAACAUGCUCUUCUCCCAUUCGGUGGAAGGCUUCCAGUCUGUGCAAGAGGCCGGUGUUUCUGUCCUGUCCAGCCUACGUGGCAGAAUAGCCCGACAAAGGGUAUGCAAGGUUCACACAGUCCUGGGACCCCUCCAUGGACUACUACUGAUGGGGGGAGGAUUCUGGCUAUUGGCUAGACUCUGUGGAGCUGUUCUCAUCCGUGCAUACAGGGCAGAGCAGGCUGAGCUGUACCAUCCAACCAUUGAACCUCAGGAUUACGAGAUGGUGGAGUUUUUCAUCAAGAGACUCAAGCUGUGGAUGGGACUCAGCAAAGCUAAAAAGUUCAGGCACAGUGUGAAGUUUGAAGGCAUGGACAUCCCUCCCUCCAGAUCCUCCCAGGAAUCCCGUCUGUCCACCUUUUCGUCCACUCUCCCCUCCUACCGCUCCCCUUCCCUGUCUUCCUCAUUCUCAUCACCCCGUCCCCUGUCCUCAGCUCUGUCUGUAAGAUCAGAGGACUCAUCAGUGUCCGAGCCCGGGCUUGACGUCUUGCCCUACCUGGACCGCCUGCUCCCCAGUGUCGGCGCUCUGCUGUCUCAUUUCGAUCGGGUCAAUCAGGUAACCGAGGAUGUUCACAACCUGGAAAUGAAGCUAGAGGAGGCCCAAACCAGGAGGAGGGAGAGGUGGAUCCGUAUCGACAAAGAAAGUGCGGAAAGAUUUGAAGAAUCAACAACAAACCCAAAGGAACCAGAAGCAGUAAAGCACCCAGGAGAAGUUAGACACAGGAAGACAAGUCUUCUUUACCCGAGGCCACGUGUCUCCCUCCCAUCCUCCUUUUCUCUCAAUCUGUCCACUCUUCAUUCCUCCGCUGCAUCCGUCUGCAUCUUUCCCCGCACAAGAGGCUCCUGUUUUGACUUUGAUUCAGUCUUGCCUCAGGCAUCUAGCGUCAACCAUUCUUCUGUCACAUCCAAAUCUGCAUCUGGAAUCUGUGGCUUGUGUCCUGCAGGUUCUCCUAGUUUAGGUGAGUUCCCCAGGAGAAGAGCGUGGCAUUCUGGGAGUUCUCAUUCAGCCGAUGCAGCUCAAAGGGCCUUCCUGCUCUCAGGAGGAGCUCCUCUAUGUGGAUAUGGAGGAGAACAUUUAACGUACAUGAACGACAGACCCAGGAGCGAGGAGGGGGUAAAAAGGCGGAUCAGUAAUGGAGUCCCUGUGAAAAGGAAGGCUUGGAUAUCUGAAGGACCAGAGACUUAA